GUGCAUCGUUCGGCGAAAAAUGGCAGCGCCCGUUCAUCUUUGUGGGAAAGCAAUGUGGAUUGCAAGACUGACAAACUCUAUGAGAAGUAUUUACUUCAAGAAGUCAUCAUCUGUAAGCCACAUGCUUUCGCCUCGCUUACUGUCAACCUCCACGCAUGAAGAGACAGUUGUGCCGCACACGACAGCAAGUGAUGCCUUCCAGCCCCAUGCUGUAUGCAAAACCAAUGAACAUGAUCCCGAUAAACACACCGAAAACCACAUGUCCCUGUUCUAUAAGGUUCAGGAAGAUGAGAUCAAACGGUUAUUUGGAAGCGGUGGACUUGAAAGGCAGUUUCUAAUCCAGCUUAAAACGUUUCAAGAAUCCUGUUUCAUGGUUAGACAGCCUGCAUUUGAAGUGAUCAACUAUCUUAAGCAAAGUGACUACAGUAACCCUGCAAUACGUUAUGUACUAUAUGGUAAAAAAGGUUCCGGAAAGACAGUGAGCUUGGCUCAUAUAAUCCACUGGUGUUCACAACAGGGCUGGUUAUUAAUUCAUGUACCAAGUGCUGAUAGGUUUACAGAAAGAGUGGAUGAGGUACAACCUUCAUCACACAACCCUGGACGUGUCGAUUUGCCUGUCGUGGCUCUGGAGUGGCUGAAGCGAUUCAAAGUUCAAAACUCUUUAUUUUUAGAAGAGAAUGAGUUUAAAACUAGCCGCAGCUAUGUGUGGAGCAAGCGGGAGUCAACAGAAGAAGGAGCACCAAUAACAAAUGUCAUUGAGCAGGGCAUAAAUAGGUCUAAACAUGCCAGUGAUUGUAUGAAUGUCAUUCUGAGAGAAGUCAAAUUGCAGUCCAAAAAUCUCAGAAAGCCAGUCUUGGUCGCUAUGGAUGGAGUUAACCAUCUUUUCUGGGAUACAGCUAUCAGGCGUGAAGAUCGAACAUUUCUUCCUGCUUGUGACGUAUCCUUGGUCUAUAACCUGAAGAAACUCUUACAUAAUGACUGGUCUAAUGCAGCAGUGGUCACCACAGUAGAUGAGAGAUAUGCAGGUGUCUACAACAAGCGACGGCCUUCAUACUUGCCACGUUUUCUGUUGCAGAAAAGCGGAUUCGAACUCUUUGAUCCAUUUUUACCAGUACUGGUUGAUGGCUACAGUGAGAAAGAGGCUUUAACCUGCAUCAAUUAUUACAUCGACCGACACUGGAUUCAGAAUGAAAAUGGUAAAACAGACUUAAUUAAAACCUUUGAUACAUUGACAUUGCAGGGAUUCGAACUCUUUGAUCCAUUUUUACCAGUACUGGUUGAUGGCUACAGUGAGAAAGAGGCUUUAACCUGCAUCAAUUAUUACAUCGACCGACACUGGAUUCAGAAUGAAAAUGCUAAGACAGACGGUGGCAAGAAAGAGCUGAUGCAUCUUAGUGGCUUCAACCCCCUUCAACUGGACAUGCUGUGUAGAGGCUUAUAGUAUAACAGCUAGUCAAGGAACAAUGCCCAUAGUAUUUUCCUGCAGUACCUGCCAAGGAUUUCAGCCCAGCAUUGUUGAUGUUAACAUCAAUGAGUCAAAAUUAAAAGACACCAUGAUGAAUGUCUUUUUUAUUGUGGCAUAUCAUAGAUCAUGCCUACCAAUAGUAAAGUUAGGAAUAACCGUUAUAGUAGGAUAAUAUUACACACAUGGUAUUUUCUUUUCAAGCUGUUCUGAUGAAAUGCUAUGACACUAUUAUAAGUUUCAGUUUACGGUUUCAUCAUAGUGCCUUAGGCAUUGGCAUGUAAAUAAUAAACGCUCUUAAAUUA